GUCGCACCGCUCCUCUCCCAUCUCGCCCACCUCUCCCUCCCUCUCUGCGACCUCCCUCCCUGCCUCCUUCCCCACCUCUCCUCCCUCCGCUCCCUCCAUCUCUCCCUCUCUGCACCCCACCAUCCCCUCCUCCUCUCCGGCGUCCCCUUCCACUCUCUCUCCCGCCUCUCCCUCCUCCACCUCUCCCUUGGCUCUUUUGCCUCGGGGCUGUCCGAGCCUCUCUCCCCGGACCUGUUUGCUGGGCUCGGACCGAGCCUGCGGUCCUUGACUUUCCUCGUGUGUGCGAAGCAGAAAGGGCCCGCAGAGAAAAGGAGAAAAUACCGUGAUGGGAGAGCGGAUAAGGGAGGGGAUGGGGGAGGGGAUGGGGGAGGAAAGGGGCAGAGGAAUGGAGGAGGGAGUGGGAAGGAGGUGGAGGAGGAUGGCGGAUGGGUGGGGGACGAGUGGGGUCGGGAGGACGAGGUGGUGUGCUGGGUGCCUGGCUCGGUGUGGUCGCUCUCUCGCCUGCAGCAGCUGACCACCAACGUGGGAGGCGCGUGGGAGAGCACGGGACUCAAUGCCCUCUUCCCACCCCAUGCCUCUCACUCAACCCCUCCCUCCGCCUCCUGCUCCUGCUACUGCUGCUGCUCCUCCUCCUCCUCUUCGUUGCACCAGCACCAGCAGCACCACCAGUGCCUAGCCUCCCUUCCUAGCCUCACCUCUCUCUCCCUCCCCUCUCACCGCACCUUCCCUCCGUGCCUCUCCUCCCUCUCCUCCCUCACUCACCUCUCCAUCCCCCUCGCCGCCCCUCUCCUGUCCCCCCAUUCCCUCGCGCUCUUCUCCCACUGCCCCCGCUUGA